AUGUGUAUGAAGGCUACCUGUUCUACGUGUCAAAAAACUUCCUGGUGGGGUUGCGGCGCGCACAUCCCCUCCGUCAUGGAUGCCAUCCCGGAGAGUGAGCGGUGCACCUGCACGCCCAAGGUCGAGCGUGAGGGCAAGUCCUACCCGCCGAAGGCGGAGAGGUGACUCCCUGGGUGUGUGGUUGUUUAAUGGCGUGUUUCGUCGUGGGGUACGGGGUGGGCGUUGUGGUUGGUGAUAGGGACGAUGGGUGGUUGUUGUUGUUGAAAGGAAGGGGAUGUAUGCUACUGACUUAUUUAAAGAGGAGAUGAAUGCAGUCAUGUCAUGCCUUCCGCUCCGACAGACCGACAGGAGCUGCCAAUAUAUCAUCAGCUGUGUGAAAUAGCGCCAAA